AUGGAUCAUCAAUACCUCCAAGAUCCAGUCCCACAAAACACCUUCAACAAAGAAGACAACACCUCCUUAAACAAAUGGAAAUCCACAAACGAAUCAAUCGACGAAUCCCUUAACAACCCUUCAUCUGGAUUCGACUGCAACAUCUGUCUAGAUUCAGUCCAAGAUCCAGUCGUCACCCUAUGUGGACACCUCUACUGUUGGCCAUGCAUCUACAAAUGGAUCCACCACCAAAAAACCACCCAAAAUCCCCAAACCCAAUGCCCCGUUUGCAAAACCGAAAUCUCCCAAAAAACUAUCGUCCCAUUAUACGGACGCGGUCAAACCACCGAACAAAAAAUUCAAAAUCUUGACAAUGACAUCGCGGUUCCACGUAGGCCACCUAGCCCUAGAUCGAACCUCCAAAUCGUGCCAGCUCAGCAAGUUCAUCAUAAUCGAAGCUAUCAACAAGCAACACCAAUGGCUUUAUCCAUGAAUAACAUUGGAGGUGGAAUGACUAUGACAAAUUUGAUAAAUCCAACGAGUCCUACAACUGGGAUGCUUGGGGAGAUUGUGUAUGAAAGGAUUUUUGGUAAUUCGGGUAAUAAUUUGCAUCCUACUUUAUUCGCGUAUCCCAAUUCGUACAAUUUAGCAGGGAUUAGUACUCAAAGGGCAAGAAGACAGGCGAUGCAAGCGGAUAGAUCAUUGAAUCGGAUUUGCUUUUUCUUGUUGUGUUGUGUGAUGUUGUGUCUUCUUUUGUUUUGA